AUGGCUACUGGCAAGGCCUACUUAAUCUAUGCUGAACUGUUGACAGGUGUUUCAGGAAAGCCUUGGUUUUCGCAAAUCAGUCAAUCUGUGCCACAGAUUAAAAAAAGGAAGCUUUCAAAGAACUAUUUGUAUGAUGUGGAGAUUUAUUCAAGCUCAACUGACAGUUAUAUGGAAGCUUCUAUUGAGUCAGGAAGAUACAAGUUUCUGGAGUCACCAAAGUUAGCAUCUAGUUCCACAACAGUAAUUUCUGAGGAUGAGAAUGCGAGUGUCAGGAGCUGGAGGGAAGAAUUUAGAGUUAAAAUUGAUUCAGAACAGUUGACAAUACCAGUCACACUGAUGACUUUAUCAUUCUUGGAACUAUCAUUUGUCAGUAUGACAAGGCUUUCCGGUGACAGGUGUGGAAAGGCAACAAAGGAAGAAGCUAUAGAUUUUGAGAAUGUCAGUGGAUGUGCAAGACCAGGAAUUAUGCUAGCUCUUGUAGGGGGUGCUAAUGGAAGUGUAGCUACACUGCUAAAGUGCCUUUCAGGUAGGACACCUCUAGGUGGUAGUUUUACUGGAGAUAUCCGAGUCAAUGGCACCAAACCCUCUGCUGAUUUCUCAAGAAGAGUGGGCUAUGCUGAGCGGCUUGAUGCACAUCAACCUUACCUCACCAUACACGAGUCACUUCAAUUCAGUGCCAGCCUUAGACUAACAAAUCGCAUAAGCGAAGCAAGAAGGCAUAUGCAUGUUGAGUUAGUUCUUGAUCAGCUGGGCUUGCAGUAUUAUGCCAAUAACUUGGUUCCCUGA